AUGGGGACUAAGUCAGCUGUGGAUUUAAUGGAGUCUUCAUCUGAGGUUCACUUUUCUGGAAUUUACAUGGAUGGCUUAGAGCAAAGAAACGCUCGCACGGAGCAACCAACUACUUCCGCCACCGACAUGAAUAAACAACCUUUUGUGAUAGGUGUUGCUGGUGGAGCAGCAUCCGGUAAGACAUCGGUUUGUGAUAGGAUUAUUCAGCAGCUUCAUGACCAACGAGUUGUACUUGUUAAUCAGGAUUCUUUUUACCAUAAUUUGACUGAGGAGGAACUUACAAGAGUACAAGAUUACAACUUUGACCAUCCUGAAGCUUUUAAUACUGAGCAAUUGCUCCGUGUAAUGGACAAGUUGAAGCGUGGCCAAGCAGUAGAUAUUCCAAAGUAUGACUUUAAGGGCUACAAAAGUGAUGUUUUUCCGGCAAGACGGGUAAACAUGGCGGAUGUUAUUAUUUUGGAAGGUAUCCUUGUUUUCCAUGAUCCACGAGUGCGGGCAAUGAUGAAUAUGAAGAUAUUUGUCGACACAGAUGCUGAUGUUCGUUUGGCUAGAAGAAUUAAGCGUGAUAUUGCUGAAAAUGCUCGUGAUGUUGGAGCGGUGCUCGAUCAGUAUUCUAAAUUUGUGAAGCCGGCUUUUGAUGACUUUAUUCUUCCCACCAAGAAGUAUGCUGAUAUCAUUAUUCCCCGUGGAGGAGAUAAUCAUGUAGCUAUUGAUUUGAUAGUACAACAUAUUCGCACGAAGCUUGGUCAGCAUGACUUGUGUAAAAUAUACCCUAGCUUAUAUGUCAUUCAGUCUACUUUUCAGAUACGGGGCAUGCAUACCCUGAUUCGUGAUUCUCAAACGACGAAACAUGACUUUGUAUUUUAUUCGGACCGUUUGAUUCGUUUGGUUGUAGAACAUGGCCUAGGACACCUUCCAUUUACAGAAAAGCAAGUAAUCACUCCAACUGGAUCGGUUUACAGUGGCGUGGACUUCUGUAAGAGGUUGUGUGGUGUUUCCAUCAUCCGGAGUGGCGAGAGCAUGGAAAAUGCUUUACGAGCAUGCUGCAAAGGCAUCAAGAUUGGGAAAAUUCUUAUUCACAGAGAAGGUGACAAUGGUCAACAGCUAAUAUACGAGAAGUUGCCUAAUGAUAUCUCAAAUAGACAUGUAUUGCUGUUGGAUCCUGUCUUAGGCACAGGUAAUUCGGCUGCUCAAGCAAUUUCUUUACUUUUAAAGAAGGGUGUACCAGAGUCCAACAUUAUAUUUCUCAAUCUCAUAUCAGUAAGCACCUCAAGGUGUUCAUAUGGUCUGCAAAAGUUUCCCCAGAAUAAAGAUAGUGACAUCUGA